AUUAGAAUGCCUAUUGCAUGCCUUUGACAGCCAUGGCGCUAUUCAGAUUUGCGCUGGUGGUUUGCGCGGCGCUUGCCGCGCUGUCCCCGGACAUCUCGGACUUGGAGUUGGACGGAGCGCUGAGCUACUCAGGCGUUAUCUUCAGUGUGGCACCAUCGCGCCACCAGCUGCUUAGAAUUAACACCUGGGCCAACAGCGUCGACACAGUUUCUCGGCGGGCAGACCCUGGGAGGAGUUGGCAGGAGGCCACGGAGAAAGGCGCGGAGUGCGCCUGGACGCAGCUGCUAGAAGUUGCCCCGGGCGAGGCUUUCGCAGUGCCGUGUGAGGCGCGGCACGUGCUUCGGGUGGGGCCCUCAGGGCCCUCCGGCCCCGUGGGCCCCGACCUGGGCCCAAGCUGCAAGUGGCGCCAUGGUGCCAUCAGCGGCGGCGCCAUCUACGCCAUGCCCUGGCAGGCAGGCAGCGUGCUGAGCGUGGAUGCGAUGGGGAAGGUGACCACUUUGGGAAACUUGCCGCAGACGGAGGAGGGGAAGUUCGGCUUCACCAUCGCCAGCGGGCGCCACGUGUGCGGCAUCCCCUGGGCCGCCACACAGGUGCUGUGUGUGGACAAGGAGGGCCAACUUUGGCGCUUCGGGUCCUUCAGCCCGAUGCCGGGCAAGUGGCGCUUCGCUUCGGAGUUCCGGGGGCGAAUCUUCGCAGUGCCGGUGGAGGCCGACUCGGUGCUGGAGAUCGAUGCUGAAGCACAUUCGGCCCGAGAACUGGGGAAGUUCGAGACAGGAGCCCAUCCUUCUGCCGCGCUGGGCUGGGGGUCUGUCCUCUGGCCAAAGGCUGCUCGGCCUGCCAGGCUUCGAUUGCUCGCUGCUGCAGGUGGACAUGGGCAGUGCCGCAGUGCAGACGCACGCGUUGGGAUGUGAAGGUGCGGUGCACAACUGGCACUCCGCCGUGGUGGCCAAAAACGGCGCCAUCUACGCGCUGCCCUUCAGUGGCACCACGGUGCUCAAGAUUCAGCUCGGGCAGAUCCAGGUGCAGCAGCUGGGCCGAGAGCUCUCCGGCGGUUGGAGCCAUGCGCUGCUGAGCCGCGCAGGCGAGGUCUACGGGGUGCCCUUCAGCGCCCAGAAGGUGCUCAAGGUGAGCAGCACGGAUGAGGUGUCCCAAUUCGGCUCCUUCGAGCCGGGGGUCGCUCAAUGGAAGCAGGGGGUUCUGGCGCUCAAUGGCUUCAUCUACUGCAUCCCCGAGCGGGCACUCACAGUCCUGAGGAUCGACCCCUUCACCGACACCACGAGCCAGCUGCUAGUGGCGCCCAGCCGGCCGAGCGCCGCGUUGCCUGGGACGCCCACGUCGCAGACAUCCACCACGACGGUGCAGAUCAUGUGCUUGGGUUUCCGGUGCCCGGCGUCCACGGUACUGCGCCCCACCGCGGCAAUGCUGGUGUGCCGCGAGCAGCCCUGUUUCGACACCUGUUGCCUCAGCAGCUGCGAGAAUUUCCUAUGCCCGCAGGGCUACUCCCCGAAACCCGGCGCGACGGAUGCGAGCUGCUCCUCAGGAUAUUGCAGCAGCUUGGAUUUGCUCACCUGCUGCAAUGUGGACCUGUGGUAUCCCAACGUCAUGGUCCCGCUGCUGAUCUUCGCUUGCACUGGCCUGACCUGCGUCAUGGCCCAGACCCACCGCUGCCACAAGGAGCAUCUCAGCCGCCGGAGGAAGUUCAGCAUCCUGUACUUCACAGUGCUCUUCGCUUGGGACGUGUGCGAUCAAACGGCGUCCUGGUGGUUCUGGCAGUACACCAGCGAUGUGGGCGCUUCCAAGGUGGUGCAAGGGCUUGCUAUGGCAUCGGCCAUGCUCGGUACCAUGGUCAUCCUGAGCGCCUUCUUCGCCGGGCUGUUCAUGACCACUGGACAGAUGUUGGACCAUCACGGCCCAGAGCUGAGCUAUUCGGUGGCCGCGGGAACUGCUGAUGUUUUGAUGCUGGUUUGCGCCUUCAUUUUCGAGAUGGAGGGCUUGGAUGAGGGCAGUUGGAUCAAAGUGCUCAAUCUGAUUGCGACACUUAUCGACUUCACUCUCAAAGUCAUCCAAGCGGCUGGAGCGUUGUUCGGCAUCCUCCGGGAGGAGGAGGAGCCGCGCCUGCUUGCGCCCGAAUGAAUGCUGAGCGCC